AAGAUCGACGGUCUGCGGCAGAGAAUAGCAGGGAAGUCGAUUCCUCUCGAAAAGUACUGCACGAAAAAGGCGAACCGUUUUGUCACUAAGCGCACGUUGAUGUUUGCACAUUAUGAGUUCAUGUAUUUUUGGAACGGAUUCGACAUUGUCGCUGCGAAUUCGCAAAUCGUUCAAGGCAUCCUGGAAGAUCUCCAAAAUAUCUGGCAUGCCAGGCAAUCCAAAGCGGAUGCAGAUGACCGGGCUCUCUACUUCUUUCUUCGAGCAGUAUGUCUGCGAAUUCUCUAUCAACCGACGACUGCCGAAAAUUGUCUCCGUGAGGUGAUCAAGCUGGAAUCAGAACUUACGGACUUCACUCAUUUGCCGCCGAAUGCCAUCUACGAGUUAGCUCUUCUCAGGAUCGCUGACGGAGACAGAGAAGAAGCGGAAAUCCUUCUAGCCAAAGCUCGUAGCUACAAAGGCUUCCCCCUCGAGAACAAAUUGCAUUUUCGUAUUCAUGGUGCCAUGGAGAAUCUCGGUACUCGAACCCCUAUGGUC